CGUCAAGUGGAGAGAGAGGCGCUCCAUCGACUUCUACAUCUCACCUUCUUUACAUCCUGGCAUAGACUUAGACCCAUCUUACGAAGCAACAGAUAAGUACAUCACCUCCAUCAUGUCUGUCGAAUUUGAGCCCAAGAACAUGAUCUUCCGAAACCUCGGAAACUCCGGUCUCCGAGUCCCCGUUUUCAGUUACGGGGGAUGGUUGACCGUUGGAUACGAGCAGAAGGGAGACAUCGUCAAGGAGCUCAUGAAAACUGCUUUCGAGAAUGGUAUCAACAUGUUUGACAAUGCGGAAGCUUACAACUCUGGUGAAAGUGAAAAGGAGAUGGGAGCCGCCAUCAAGGAGUUAGGCUGGGACCGACGAGACAUCAUCGUUACCACUAAGAUCUUCUUUGGCACUGAGCGGAAGAGCAGACACAACACCAGAGGAUUGAGCCGAAAGCACAUCGUCGAGGGCCUCAACAAGAGUCUGGAGAACCUGCAGCUCGACUAUGUCGACAUUGUCUUUGCUCACCGACCCGAUGUCACCGUUCCCAUGGAGGAGACGGUUCGAGCGUUUAACCACGUCAUUGACACUGGCAAGGCAUUCUACUGGGGAACUUCUGAAUGGACUCCAAUGCAAAUCCAGCAAGCUAUCGAGAUUGCUCGCAGACUCAACAUGAUUGCGCCCAUUGCCGACCAAUGUCAGUACAACAUGCUUUCUCGAGAGAACUUUGAGUCCAGGCUCGAGCCUCUGUGGAAGUACGAGAACUAUGGAAGUACCGUUUUCUCUGCUCUUGCCGGAGGUAUCCUUACCGGAAAAUACAAUGAUGGCGUUCCAUCCGACUCCCGACACAAGGACAACGCAAAGCGAUUCGAGACUGAGGAAGGAAAGGCUCAGCUGGAGCACGUCAGACAAGUCACAAAGAUUGCCGAGAAGUUGGGCACCAACGUCUCCAACUUGGCUCUUGCUUGGGUCCUGAAGCACCCCAACGCGUCCAAUGUCAUUCUCGGAGCCACAAAGCCCGAGCAAAUCAAGGAGAAUGUCAAGGCUCUCGAUGUCAUUCCUAAGCUCACCCCUGAGAUCAUGGCAGAGCUCGACAAGAUCCUCGACAACAAGCCCAAGCUUGGAGAGUCUUACGGUCGUCGAGCCGAGGAUGGAACCCUCAUCUAAGCGGGCAAAGAAAAAGGAAGCAGAAUUGACUUAGAUUGUCGAUGUGAUCAGAAUGCAUAACGUACAUGCGU